AUGAGUGGGACACCCAGCCAAGGGCCGGGCUUGCGGUAUCCAUCGAACAAAAAGAGUAUAUAUGACCGCAAUCUGAAUCGGAGUAAGAAUGCAGAGCUCAGCCGGGCGGCAUUUGCAUAUCUGUUCAUUGAGAUGAUUGCGUAUGCGCAGAAAGGCGCAAAGGAUGUUGGCGAUCUGGAACAACGGUUAAACACCCAAGGCUACCCCAUCGGCCUCCGCCUCCUCGACCUCCUCCUCUCCCGCUCACCCAACCCCCUCGCCAGCAUCCGCCCUACACGCAUCCUCUCGCUGCUCCAAUUCAUCGCCCAAACACUCUAUCGACACCUGUUCGGCCGCCCCGCCGACGCCCUGGAACGCUCAGGCACAGAUCCAGGCCAAUACAUGUUAUUCGACAAUGAGCCCAUGGUCAACCAAUACAUUUCCUUGCCCAAAGAGCUCUCCAGUCUGAAUUGCGCAGCCUUUGUGGCCGGCGUGAUUGAGGGCACGUGUGAUGGUGCCGGGUUUCCGACAGAGGGUGUUACGGCACACAGUGUGGGCGAACAGGAUGAGGGCAAGGAUGGGAAGGGCAUGUGGCCUGGGAAAACGGUGUUUUUGAUCAAGUUCAAGCCCGAGGUGUUGGAAAGGGAGGAUAUACUUGCGAGGGGGCCGACAUGA